AUGUUGAAAAACAACGAAAAUGAACGAAAGAUUUUGGAUUUACCGUUCAAUAUGUUUACAACAAGUACAUUAACAAGUCAUGGUGUGUUUCAUAAUGCAAAACGUGAUGGAAUACACGUUAAUGAACUAUUAGCAAAUCUUGAAUCGAAAAAAAUGAUAAAAUCCGGAUAUUAUUUAAAAUCAAAAGGUCGAAAUAUUGAAGGUUUCUUAAGAAGCCUUCCGGAUGUUACCAAUGAAACACAAUUCCUUGAAUUUUCAACUACGUUAGUACAAGAUUAUGGGUAUACGUUGGAAAAAUAUCUACGCACGUAUGAAAGUAAUAAAAAACAUCCAGAAAAUUUAAAAUCAACAUUAACUGAUACAGCUGUCACUGAACUUUUGAAACAAGAAACGUUUAUACCCUUGAUAAAAGAAGAAAUAAGAAGAAUUAAAGAAGCUCGGGCACAGAUAACUGUUACUGUGUCAGGAGAAGUUCAUACAACAAUCGAUGCUGUAUUACAAAGUGGAAUAGUUGUAUUAAAUAGUGGUGUAAAUGAUCAAAGAUUAAUGGACAAUAAUAAUACUGAUGUUCUCGAAGAACAACAUGACUCAUGUGAUUAUGCAACACAAGAAGCGUUGAAAUUGUUAAAGACUGCAAGUGCUACGGUUGAAGAAAUUGUUAGGAUGGAAAUUGACAAUAAUACCGAUUUGUCAAUAAAUGAUCAAGAAGACGAUAUGUUCAACGAUAGGGGUCACAGAAAAAGUAUUACAGAUCUUCUGGAUAUAUGGAAUAACGACUUAGCAUUAAAUUUUGAACAAAAAGUUGACAUGCCACUGUUACAGAUUGAUCUUGAAAAUAUCAGUGAGACGCUUAAUGAU